UAACAAAUUGGUGUUGUCUGCAGGAUAUUAACAGAACUACAGCCUGCAUGGAGUGCAGCGGCCUGGUUGGUGACUGUCUGUCUCCAGAGUCCACGGUGACCUCCCUGCUGUCGAGCUCAGGUCAUCUGAGGAGCAGCCUGCGGCCGCCUGAUCACAUCACCUCUUUCAGAUACAGAGACAAGGACUAUGACUCAGCCUCAGCAGCGUUAGAUGCCUACAUCGCAGAUUUCGAGAGAAGUUGUCCGAACAGCUUGUCAUUGACAGGAAGACUGGUUCUGCCACAUGGUCCCAUCUCCAGGCUGAGCAGACCCAGAGUGAGCACACUCAGAAACAGAGAUGUUCUCAUGGAGAGUUUGACUGAAAGGGAGCUGGACUUCCUGGACCUCCCAGUCAGCUCCCUCCAUCAUGCUAGCAACCGAGACAGACUCUCCAUGACGACGGACGAGCUGCUGUCUAUCCCUUAUGACGGCUCUAUGCCUGUUACCCACACCUCUGCCUUCAUCCAAGGCGUCCUGUCUCAGUCUGGGUCCUCCCAGCCCCACUGCUCCUCCUCAAGUCCACAACAUAGAGCCUGUGCUGGGCUCAGCAGCAGCCACGCCAACCCCCGCCUGAGCUACCAACACCCUCACCUAACCAGGACACCCAGGAGAGGAAGACCAGGAGCAGCCACGUUUAAAACACUUGAUGACAUAUUCUCUGUGAGCAGUUUGAAGUCUGCACACAGAGCAGCAGGGUCAGAGAGGGCAGAGCCGUCCUCAUUGCUCCACCGCCCAUACCAGUUCACCAGCAACAAGGCUGACAUGGAGUGCUCUGGAAUGAGCAGCAUGCCUGACCUGAAGUAUGCAUCCAGUGUGGAAGCCUGGAUCCAAGGCUGUGACCACAGCAAGGGGCCGUCGCUCGCAGAGUUGAAGCUGUGUGACGACCACGGUGUUCUUCCACCUGCAGCUCCCAGAACCGGAGCUCCAUCCUGGUUAGCAGAGCUGGAGGAUAAUGAUCCCGACCAGACGUGUUCACAGGUUGACAGCCAGCAGACUCUCCGAGAUCUGAGGCUUCAGUUUGCUGAACAGAUUUCGCUGCUUGCUACAGAGAGAAAAAGCUCUGACAUCAAGGAAACUCUGUUAAGAGGCAACAAGAUCCAAUCUCUGAUCCAGAAAGCAGAUCAGGUGUUGAACUCUCUGUCUCGGAGCUGUGAUGGAGUAGACUAUCCUGCAGGUUCAGUGAGUUCAGUGAACACUGAGGAGCUGCUGCUCAGGUCGCCCUCACACUGUCCUUCGUUCACUCUGGACUCAGCAGCAGCAGCAGCAGCAGCAGCAGCAGCAGCAGGGAGCGGCACACUGGCUCUGACUCACAGAGGAGCUCAGACUUUGGACUGUGGUCCCCAUGGAAACAGCAUCUGGAAGCAGCCUGGUCCAGUGGAGGCUCUAAAACAGAUGCUGUUCAAAUUGCAAGCAGUGGAGGGGAAGCUUCAGGGGCAACAAGCACUCACUGACAGGCUGCAGACAGAGGAGACUCCAGUGAAGCAGAGGACUGAAGGUGAAGCAGAGCUGGAGAGUUUUUCUGGUGGACCAUCACUACACAGAGCUCUGCAUCACCUGAGCUGUCUGAAGCUCCUGGUGGAAGAACCCAGAGAGAAACACAGACAGGAGGAGGAGAAGGAUGAAGAUGAAGGACGCUACUCGUCUUCAUCUGCUGACGGACCCAUCUGUACUCAGCAGAAACGAUCCUGAAGCUGAAGGACAAGAGUCUUCCUGUCAGCGUCUAUCAGUCAGUGGUCUCACUGUGCUCCACUUGUUUCCUCAAACAGUCAAAGAAGUUGCCAAUGAAUGUGGAUGAAGUCUUCUCUGCAUCUGUGCUUUAGAUGAACAGACGCCAUGCAUCUUAACAACAGUACAGAGAGCAAAUCACUUAUUAUGAAAUAUAUGAAAUGUGUGAUGAAGUCAUGUGACGUGUUAGAGUGAAGGAAACUGUGAAAGCUUAAAUACAGUUGUCUGUUUGGUGGUUAAAAACUUACCAAGGUUGUCCAUUAAAGAAACUCUCAUUUUAUUUAUUACAUGCUAAGUCACAUUUAUCAAUACAAUACAACAUGAUGCAGCAUGGAAGUCAGAUGCUUCAGAGUUAUUUGAAGGUGGAAUGUUUUGCAGUGUGUAUGGAGGAGUUUCCCCUGCUUCCAGGCUUUGUCCUAAGUUAAGCUAAGCACAUCGUAGACCUGUCUCUGUACUGGAUGCAGAGAUGAACAUGAUGUCCAUCUUCUCCUCUGACUGUGGACGUGGAGACCGAAGCUCUGAGACUAUGUCGAACUCAUUUGUGAAUGUGCCAAAUGCAUCAUGUUAGCCACAGUAUAUUGUUCAGGGUCAGUGAAACAGAUGUAAUGGAUAUAGUGCUGUUUGAAACUGAACAGUAUUUUUUUUUCUUUACAGUCUUGAGUUGUCCACUGCAUAUGAGAAUCUUGCCAUCUCUACCAUCCAUCACUUAUAAUGUGAAGGGAACAUAGACACUAACAACAUUGUCUUUCCUCUGGCUCCAUCCACACAAUUUUAACAUGUCAAAUAUUUGAUUUUCUGGUGUGUAAAGAUCAUCACAGCCUCACACUGUCUGCAGACAUUAGAUUUUGUUCCUUUGUUAUGAAAUUACUUAUAGUUUGAUUUGGAUAGGAAACAAAGUAUUUUUAUUAACAGGCCGUCAGUGUUUUCUCUUACAUGCUGUGGUUACAGCAUGAAAAGUUAUUUAUAUUGUAACAGAUGAGGUUUUUAAUCUUCAUUUCCAUGUGACAGGGUCGUCCCAAACAGCUCACAUUAAAACAUGGUGUCUGCCUUCAUGGUGUCAGUGCAUUUCAUUUGAUGUUGUCUUGGAUAUUGGUGGGAAUUGGAAUUGAAAAGUGGUUUUGUGCGUUUUAUGUUUUCACAACUUGUUUCUUGUCUGAAACAAAAACAGAUGCAUGUCUGGAUUUUUCAAACCACAUUGAAGUGUGGUUAAAUUCUUGUAUCAGUGGGAGGCUGAAGAGGCUCGUGUAUCUCCAGUGACUGAAGUGUAGUUUUCAUAAAGGAAGAAGACUUGAGAGACAGAUUAAAGAAAGAAUGCUCAUAAUCUGUUUAUCUGUCAAACUCCACAUCUUCAGUUUGUAAUUUAAGUCUCCAAUUCAAGA